AUGCAUAUGUGGGGACACGGGGAGCAGUACCGGCGGGGAUCAGAGUCGCUGCGGGGCGAGACGCAGUCGAUGCCGUCGCCGGCGCUGCUGAAGCUGCCGUGCUACUGCUGCGUGGAGGGGUGCAAGAACCACUUCGAGCACCCACGGUCGCGUCCGCUCAAGGACUUCCGCACGCUGCAGACGCACUACAAGCGCAAGCACGGCGCGCGGCCCUUCGCGUGCCGAAUCUGCGGCAAGGCCUUCGCCGUGAGCGGCGACUGGCGCACCCACGAGAAGAACUGCGGCAAGUUCUGGUUCUGCAUCUGCGGCUCCGACUUCAAGCACAAGCGAUCCCUCGAGGACCACGUCCGCUCCUUCGGCGCCGGCCACGCCCCCCAUAUCCUCAACACCACCACCUCCAUCGUCGCCACCAUGGACGUCGACGAGGAGGAAGAUUACGACGACGAGGAAGAGGUGAAGGAUCGGAUUGACGAGGUGGAGAUGGCCAACUAAUGAAUCAAUCAGUCAGUCAGUCAGUCAAUUUCACGACUAGCUUAAUUAAUUAAUUAAUUAUAUGCGCGCAUGAUGGUUUACUUUUUCGCUUUAGGUUACUGCAUGUCCACUUCUGUCAUGGUGUCUUGUGCAUGAGAAGGUGAAUCUUUAUAAUUAAUUAUAUUCUAGC